AUGAGAAGAUCAGAUUAUUUCAAAGAUGAACGAUGCAAUUGUGCUAAACAAAUGAUUCAAUGUCCAGAAGGACCAAGAGGACCAUCUGGUCAACCAGGUGUUAAUGGAGAAAACGAUGAAGAUGGUUUAGAUGGUAAGCCAGGAAUACCAGGAUUUCUCCUCGGUGAUACCAGUGAUGAAGAAAAUUGUGUAUUAUGUCCUCCUGGACCACUGGAUCUACCAGGAAACAGUGGCGUGCCAGGUUUACGUGGUCCUGCUGGAUUGCCAGGAGCUCCUGGAAGGAAUGGGCGAGCUGGUCCUCCUGGUUUACCCGGUCCAAUGGGAGAAAGCGGAGCUCCUGGACCUACUGGAAAACCUGGAUUACCAGGUCCAUCAGGAAAAAAUCGCACUGUAUCAAGGUAUUUGAAACCUGAAUUAUUUGGGCACCGAAAAAAAUAG